AAAGACAUCGUCAUUAAAAAUGAACAACCCCAUCGCUCUCUUGUGGUCAAAAAUAAAGGCACAUGAGAAAAUUCACGUAGCCUGGUGCGUCAUAGGCAUCGUCGGAUGCCUUAUGCUCUAUGGCGUUCUCCAGGAGCGUAUUAUGACGAUGCCCUUUGGCGAGGGGACGUCCGCCGAGGUCUUCAAAUAUUCAUUGUUUCUGGUGCUAUGCAACCGUCUGACGACCUGUGCCGUCGCUAUUGUCAUGCUAGUGCAUGACGGCAAAUAUCAGGAGAUUAAGCCGGUGGCGCCCAUCUGGACGUACUUCGCCGUCUCGCUCUCAAAUGUGAUCGCCACCACUUGCCAGUAUGAGGCGCUGAAGUACGUCUCUUUCCCGGUUCAAACUCUUGGAAAGUGCGCAAAGAUGCUGCCCGUGAUGGUCUGGGGAAUUGUUAUGCUGCGGAAGAAGUACAAGCUCGGCGAUUGGGGUCUCGCGUUGGUCAUCACGUCGGGUUGCACGGUCUUCCUGCUGACCGGGGACGUGAAAUCGAAGGUCUCAGAGAGCCUGUGGCACUCCAGCGUGUACGGCAUUGCGCUUAUGCUGGGCUACCUGGGCUUCGACGGAUUUACGUCAACGUUCCAGGACAAGCUCUUCAAGGGCUACAACAUGACGACUUACAAUCAGAUGCUUUACACCACCCUGUGCUCCUCGAUCUUGAGCGCAAUGGGCCUGUUCUCCUCGGGGCAGCUGCCAAAGGCGAUUACUUUCGUGAGCCACCACCCUGAUGCUCUCACGUCCAUGAUCACCCUUUCAUUGGCGGCCACCAUUGGCGCGCUGUUUAUUUCGUACACGAUCAAAACCUUUGGCGCGCUAGUGUUUGCGACAAUUAUGACCACGCGGCAGUUCCUAUCCAUCCUGCUGUCCUGCGUGCUGUUUGCGCACCCACUGAGCCUCGGCCAAUGGGUUGGUUCUACGAUGGUCUUCGGCGCUCUGUACUAUCAGGGUUUUGCCAAAAAGGACAAGCACGGGCACAAGGAUUCAGCCAAAGACGGCCUGCCGCCAAAGGCAGAUCCGCUGAAGGACACGGAAUCGGGCUUGGUAGAUGACGCCAACGCACCCCUGCUGUCGAAGGCGGAGGCUAAAUAGCUCGCACCGCAGAUACAUAUGCGGCAGCAGCGAUUGCGGCAGGCAGGGUUGGCUCACUAAGGGGUCCGUGCGGCUGGGAUCAGUGCGUGUACGCCUGUCCGUGUACGCCUUGUCUGCAUGCUUGGAGGCUUGCUACAAAACGGGCUCGUCACCGGAAUGGGCUGGGAUGCUAUGUGCCCAGCGGUCCUGGCAGUCACUGCUAGCGCCGCAACCGACGAGUUUGCAGAGGGACGAGGGCAUGCCCAUGUCUGGUUUCCCCAGACACCAGCGGCAGUGCACAAGAUCAAGGCGCCACAGCGCCGGUUGUUUGCAUUCUGAGAUGCAGAAAGCAGAUGAACCUGUUCAAAUUUCUGAGUGCAUCUAUUCCUUUUUGGCUGUCCUGACAUUUGACUGAUACGUGACUUGGGCGCGCGUGUCCCGGGUAAUCUUACGUUCGGGUGAGUAUUCACGUUGGUAAAAUAGUUAAUAGUGUGAAACAAUGCAGAUUCGCUUUUGUGGCUGUUUGACUAUAAAACUUAUUCGGACUUGGCGCUACAAGGAUAGGGGCAUAUAUGUUGAUAAGGCUGGGAAACGCCUGGCCACAUCAGCGGGGGUAAAACAGGUUACAGUCCCCGUUGCCCAGGCCGGAUGCCUUUAACGGCGGCCAUGGCGGCGAGGAUUUUACGAGCUUUUCGUGCUCGCCGUAGGAUGCUCUGUAGCCGCAUACGAACUGAUGGCAUCUCCAGCAAUUCCUGCCGUGAACCGGAGUCCUGAGCCUGUACGGAAGCAGCCAGGUGAUGGAAGGUCCCAGGGAAAUGCCCACUAGCUUUGACACUGACAACGGCGUAUACGCGGCAUGACAUACACUUGCCUUUUUUGUACGUUCGUUAUGUGUCUCAGCAAUCAAGGCGAAGCAUAAUCGUGGCAAUGUAUGUUGCCUUCCCAUUUGCAUACUCCUAAUGUAACAGGCAUCUGCUAUC